ACAAAUAUAUUGUAUUUCUUCUCUCAUUACUAAGCUUAAUCUAGUUUCAUUAAUUUUCACUUCACUAAGCUUAAUACAGGAAUUGGAUUGGAUCGAAAUCGGUUGAUAACAUUAACAAUGGCUCCAAUACAAAUCGCGAUUCUAGGAGCAGGUACAUUUGUGAAGCAUCAAUACCUUCCAAGACUCUCGGAGAUCUCACAUCUCUUCAAUCUCAAAUCCAUUUGGAGUCGAACUCAAGAUUCUGCAAAUGCUGCUGUCGAAAUAGCUAACAAGCUUUUUGGUGGAAACGUGGAAUCUAAAUUUGGAGAUAACGGUCUCAAUGAUAUUAUUCAAGAUUCUUCCAUAACUGCUGUUCUUGUCGUUUUGGCUGGACAAUAUCAGGUUGACAUCUCACUCAAAUUGUUAAAGGCUGGUAAACAUGUUCUUCAAGAGAAACCGGCAGCAUCUGGUAUAAAUGAGUUGGAAACUGCAUUAUCUAACUACAAAUCGAUUUCUGCUGAUGCUCCUGGGCAAAUAAUUUGGUCUGUGGCUGAAAAUUAUCGUUUUGAGCCUGCCUUAGUUGAGGGAAAGAAACUAAUUGCUGACCUUGGGAAAAUGAUGAGUGUGCAAGUUAUUAUAGAAGGAUCAAUGAACAGUUCAAACCCGUAUUUCUCAAGCUCUUGGAGGCGCAAUUUUACUGGAGGCUUCAUUCUUGAUAUGGGUGUGCAUUUCAUUGCAGGGUUAAGAAUGCUUGUUGGAUGUGAGGUGGUUUCAGUUUCAGCUAUGACAUCUCAUGUGGAUUUUACCUUACCACCACCAGAUAAUAUAUCAUCUGUCUUUCAUUUGGAGAAUGGAUGUUCGGGAGUAUUUGUAAUGGUUGUCUCCUCCAGAUCACCCAAGAUCUUGUGGCGUGUUGUUGGCAUGAAUGGAACCCUUCAGAUUGAGCGUGGAUUCCAAGGACAACAUGGUUACCUGAUUUCAUUAUAUGAUGCUCAUGGAGAAUGCAAAAGUUCCUUUUUCCCAUUCAGUGGAGUAACUGAAGAGUUAAAAGCUUUUUUCAAUGAUGUUUCUGAAAACACCCUCAAGAAGGGUAGUCAGCCUGAGCAUCGCCUCUCUUUUGUCGAGGGUGCGAGAGAUGUUGCUCUUUUAGAGGCAAUGCUUGAGUCUGGAUCAAAGAAGGGCGAGCUAGUUCAUGUGAAAAAGUUUUGAUGUAAUCAUAGAACUCUUUGCAUGGCCUCUUCAUUCAAUAUCUACAGAUAUUUAUAUCGAGUUUCCAAAAAAAAAAAGAAUCUACAGAUAUUUACCAAGUGAAGAUGAACAAGUCCAUGGAUCAAGCAGGGAGAUCAAUGUGAUUGGAUGAAGUUAUAGGAUUUGUAUACAUUUAUUGAAAUUAUGACUGGUAUGCUCAUGCUGAUGCAUCUGAAACUUCUAAUAUCUCGAGGCUAAGUAUUUGAAAUAAUGCAAUGUAAGUUGAAUUUUUAGUGUCCCAUGCAUCUGUUGAUACAGGGACAAAUUAGGUGCUCUCAUAUUUUCUUUUACUACACGGCAAAUCUUGCGUGUUUGUGCCCAAAAGAAAAUGCUAAUCUUGGGCACAAAUCAACUUUUCAUCUUGAUUCAUGAACUUUGUUUAGUUCAAUCGGAUGUAAACUUGACAAGUUUUGAGAACUUGAUAGAAUUUUAUCAUGCAGAUUAUGAUUGUUUUGAAGUCUA